AUGGAAUGGUUCUGCCAACGUAGACAACUAGCUCUUGAUCGACAAGAUCCUUUGAGUAAACAUGCACGGGAUAUAAUCAAAGAACGGUGGAUUGUGGCAAAAAGGUUUGUGGCUUGCCAUGUCGAUGGGUACGAAUAUGAAGUGGACGAGGGUGACUAUGAAGAGGAGCACAUCGUAUAUCUUGACCGAAGGUCUUUCACGUGCAAAAUGUUUGACUAUCAGCAUCUUCCAUGUCCCCACGUACUUGCAGUGUGUGAGACAUAUAAAAUAAAAGAAGAAGGCCUUUGUGGGAAAUAUUAUAAAACAUCUGUUUGGAGAUCUAUGUAUGAACUUAAAAUCUAUGGUGUGCUGAGCCCAGAAACUUGGUAUGUCCCAACGGAGGUGGCAGAGCGGGUGGUGCUUCCUCCAAAAAUUACACCGGAAGUUGGUCGUCGGAGCAUCAAGUGGAAAAGGGAUGCCAUUGAAAAACCUAGAAAGAAAAGAGGUUGUUCAAGGUGUCACCAUAUGGGGCAUUAUGCUAACAGCAAACGUUGUCUCAAGGCUUAG